AUGCUUCCACGAUCAAUCCUCCGAGUGCGCACAUUACUCGCCGCCCUCCUCCUCGCCUCAUUCCUCGUCUGGUCUUUCUCACGAUACACGUCAGCGCCAACCCUCGACUUCGGCCGCACCGUACCCGACCUAACGACCGCCCAACAAUCAUUCUGGCGCUCACUCCACAUUCUCCUCGAGCAACAUGGCCCAGAUACAAACCCACUUGUCGAGGACAUCAAGGCGCCGACAGAAGGCUUCAACGCGGAUGAUAAUGCCAGACCACGACCGGACUACGUGCUCGUCGCGCGAGAAGACGUCGAUACAAUGCGAGAAGCGCACUCAAACUUUCUAAAUGCUCUCAAUUCGAAACCCGAGUCUUCAACCAAAUCUUCCAAUUUACACCUCCAAUAUAUUCCGGGCACAAAGGGCAUCGUUUCAACCGCUGGCGGUUCUUACCUCCCCGUCCUAGUCAUCUCUCUACGUAUGCUCCGUCGCACCGGGUCCAGAUUACCCAUGGAAGUCUUUCUCGCCGACGAAGAAGAGUACGAAGAGUAUAUCUGCGACGUCGUUCUCCCCUCGCUAAACGCACGAUGUAUUAUACUCUCAACCAUCCUGGACGCAUCAUUACCAACUGCCAAAAUAACAAAAUACCAAUUCAAACCCUUCGCAAUGCUCUUCUCCUCCUUCGAAGAAAUCCUCUUCCUAGACGCAGACGCAUUCCCCCUCAAUGCCCCCGAAAAAAUAUUCACAAGCACACCUUUCAAAACAACAGGCAUGAUAACAUGGCCGGAUUUCUGGUCAUCAAGUGUUUCACCCACAUUCUACGAAAUAAGCCACACCACACCUCCGGCAAUGAAUCUGCGCGCAUCGACUGAAUCCGGCGAAUUCGUGCUCUCGAAAAGGACGCACAGUCUCACGUUGAUUUUGGCAACUUAUUACAAUUAUUACGGACCGAGUCAUUACUGGCCUCUUCUUUCGCAGGGUGCGGCCGGUGAAGGUGAUAAGGAGACGUUUGUUGCGGCGGCUAUGGCUCUCGGUGAGCCGUUCUAUCAGGUUUCUCAGGCUAUUUGUGCGCUUGGGCAUCGGACCGCUGGGGGGAGUGGGAUGGCCGGCUCUGCUAUGGCGCAGUUUGAUCCGGUGCAGGAUUAUGCUCGAAGAAGUGCUCGCGAGGGGAAGGGGGUGGCCAGUGGUGGAGGGGAUAAGCCAGAUGUAUUCUUCAUCCACGCUAAUUUCCCGAAAUUUAACCCGGCGACGAUCUUUCAGAGUGGGCACGAGGUGCAGCCUGUUUUUGAUGAUGAGGGGGGGUUAUACGCGUGCUUGGACGAUUCCUGA